AUGGAAUGCCCUUCUGUUGCCUAUUCGGAUGCCUCCAACCCAAGUAAAGAAUCCGGUGAUUUGUUCAGAGACUUGACUUUUUGGUUGUCUAGGACCGUCCCAUCGAGAUCAUGGAUAAAACAGAUUAUUGAAGCCAACGGCGGGAAAGUAGUACUCUUAGAAAAGGAUGCCGAUGUGCUCCUUGUUGAUCAUUUGAAACGGGGUAACCCUGUUGGCUCAACCUCGUUUCAGUAUGUUGAAAAGUCCAUUCAGAAAGGAAAGCUGGAGAAUCUAGAUGACCACCGUGCCGGCCCACCAUCCGAUUAUAUUCGCUCAGUGGGUUCCGUUACGCGGCCAAAGGGCCACAGAUCUACAUUUACUGCGAAAGAUGACCAGAUCUUAUAUGAUUGGGUAAAACCCUUCGAGCAAAACGGUGGACAAAUAGCUGGAAAUAAGAUAUACCAGCAGCUUGCAGAAAAGCACCCGCAGCAUACUUUCCAAUCAUGGCGUGAUCGCUAUUUGAAAAAGGUUAAGGAUCGGCCAAGACCUGUCACCCCGGAUCGGGAACGAAGCACUGCAACAGUUGCCCGUGGGCCUGCGGGCAGAACAACGAGCGAGGGUGGCCAGCAAAGGGACGAGCUCGACACCAGAUUCCCCGAGUCUGACAGCAAGAGAUAUGAAAGUUUUACGAGCGAGGAUAAAGAAGAACUGCUCAACCACGUGAAAGAUGUUUUGAAUAUUGAACCGGGGAAAGAAGAUGAAGCUUGGUCACUGUUUGCUGAAAAUACCGGGAAAUCUGUCGAAGAAUGGAAGUCCUUCUUCGAUAACGUUGUUCUCCCAGAAUACAACGCAAAACGAUCGAAAGACAGCAAAAGACGCCGCAGUGCCGCCGAUAUUCCUUCCGCGGCCGUGGAAUCUGGCUCUCCUCAGAAUUGCAAACGCAGAGCCGCCGAGUCUAUCCCUCAAAAGACAAUAUCGCCUUCCCCUACAAACCAACAAUCUAAUAAUCCAAUAACAUCAAUAUCACGAUCACCAAACUCUUGCCAACCCCCCAUUCAAAAAGCAAGCCCACAAACAAAUUCCAACUCUCCAUAUUCUAAUAAUAACGAACAAUCCAUGCCCAAGAGCCGCUCCAUAUCAGUUUCAGAAGAAUCAUUUGAAACGGCGCCAAAAUUCCAACAGGACACAAUGGAAGUCCAGUGCCGAACACCCCCCGAAGUCCUAAAUCGUCGGGGAGAAUUCAACGGCUCGCCAACGCCACGGCCCACGCCCGCUGCCCGUGCACCUACAUAUCCCGAUAACAACACCUCAUCAGAAGACCAAGCAGCCAUCCGGGAAAUGGAUGAAUGGAUCUCUUCCAAGGUCACAGGCAGCAAGGCAUAUAGCCAACUCCAAGUCCUUGAUGCACUCGCAUGCACAACUAUGGAUCCCGAUCUAGCGGAGACUGUGCUCGAGCACAUGGCAGCGGGCAGAGGGAUACCCAGCAAUAUCAGGGGGGUUUGGACUAAGGAAGACGAUGAGUGGUUGGAUGCGGCUGACCCGAAGUGUAUUCAGGCUCUAAUUAAGAAGCAUGGUAAUGAGCUGUUCAAUGCGAGGUUUGAGUAUAUAAUGGCCCGAAGGGAGGUCGUGAUGCGGAAGGGGGAGUCGGCUAAAUGA